ACAUGGCUGCCACGUACUUUACGUGUACUCUAGGGCAGGCGCAAUCCCUAGGCCUCACCAACUCCAACUUCAAGAAUAUCAACCAUUUCAUCGAUUCGCAGGCAGAAGCCAUACCAUCUCAACAUGCUAUUGGAUUUGCUAUUCCUUCCAACUCGGAUUCCCAAUGGAAGAGCAAGACAUGGACUUUCUCGGACCUGCAAAUUGGCUCCAAGAAGGUCGCAGCUGUGCUGCAGAAGAUGCAUGGAGAACUUCUGACCAAAUCGGAAACAGUCGCAUUGAUCUGUCCAAGUACACCGGAAUUUCUGUUUACGUGGUUGGCUCUCAUGCGAUUAGGACACCCUGUCCUUCUCAUCGCACCGCAAUGUCAGCCAGCAGCGAUCGCUCACUUAUGCAAGACCUGUCAGACUACUGUCCUAUUCCACGAUGAGACAUAUUCAGCUCAGUCCCAGGAGGCUGAAGCAGUAGCCCGCGACGAUGGCUCCGAACUUCAUGCUAUUGAGUUGCCAUAUUCCAAGGACCAUUCUCUAUCGGAUAUCAUGGCACAGGAAGCGUUCGACUCCCCAAGCUUCCCCGAAGUCAAGGAAACAGACGUUGCAUAUCUUCAUCAUACCUCAGGAACAUCUUCCGGCGUACCCAAGCCAAUCCCGCAAACACAUCGUGCAGGUGCUGGUGUUCUUCCCUCCUUCCCUGAUGGAAAGCAGUGUGCAAUGUUCACAACUACACCACUCUACCACGGAGGUGUAGCAGAUGCUUUCAGAGCGUGGACAAGUGGUGCACUUAUUUGGCUGUUCCCUGGCAAAGGCAUACCAAUCACCGCAGCAAACGUGAUCAAGUGCCUGAGCGCAGCAGAGAAGAGUGCAGAGCAAGGUCUCCCUCCUGUCAAGUACUUCGCCUCUGUACCGUACGUACUUCAGAUGAUGGAGGCCGAUGAACAAGGCUUUAAGUACCUUCAGAACAUGGAUAUCGUUGGCGUUGGUGGUGCUGCUUUGCCAGCAGAAGUGGGAGAUCGCAUGGUUGGCAAAGGAAUCAAUCUUAUCUCGAGAUUUGGCAGUGCAGAGUGUGGUUUCCUCAUGGCAUCUCACCGUGACUAUGCAAAAGACAAGGAGUGGCAGUACUUGCGUAGUAACGCAGGAGCUGAGUACCUCACAUUCGAGAAGAACGAAGAUGGUCUAGCUGAGUUGGUCAUCAAGCCAGGUUGGCCACACAUGGCCAAGAAGAACCGCGACGAUGGAUCCUUUGCUACAGCCGAUCUCUUUGCACCACAUGACAGCAUUUCAAAUGCCUGGAGAUACCACUCGCGAGCCGAUUCUCAACUCACGCUGAUCACUGGCAAGAAGUUCGACCCAGCUCCACUGGAAGGUGCGAUUGCCACCGCGGAUCUUCUGGACGACGUCUUGAUAUUCGGAAACGCACAACCGUUCCCUGGUGCCCUGUUGUUCCGUUCAGAGACGGCUCGAGAUAUUCCCGACCAUGACCUCGUACAGAAGGUCUGGCCAGCCAUAGAGAAACUCAACUCAGAAAGUCAGGAUCACGCUCGUAUUCCCAAGAAGAUGCUGGUUGCCAUGGCAGUACUUGAUCAGCCGCUAGAGAAGAGCAGCAAAGGUACUCUCCAACGAAGUGUGGUCGAGGCCCGCUUUGCACAAGACAUCGACAAGGCGUAUACCAACAUGGGUUCCUUCAACGUCGGUGACGUGCCUGACGAGAAGGUUCGCGAUGUCAUCAUUGAGAUGAUAGAAUCUAUCGUCCCGAAGAAGACCAAACUGGAAGAUAACACAGACCUGUUCUCUUAUGGCGUUGACUCGGUCGCCGGUAUGCAGAUAAGAUAUGGUCUUCGACAACUGCUACCACAAUCGACCAAGCAGUUGCCACUCAACGUGGUAGAGGAUUGUGGAACGGUCAAGCGAUUGGCAGAGUAUGUCGUCAAGCAGCGUCAUGGUGAAGAGCUUGCCGACGAGGAGGAUGAAGACAAGCUCACGCUUCAACUCGUCGACCAGUAUUCCAACUUUGAUAACAGGGAGUCCAUCGUCGUCCACAAACGGGCAGGGUCAGAGUGGAAACGACAAAGGAGAUGUUAUCGUCUUGACCGGUGCAACGGGAGCUUUAGGGGCUCAUCUCCUGAACUCCUACCGUCAACUCGAUUCCGUCAAAAGGUCUACUGCCUCGUCCGAGGAGCUGAACUGCACGCUUCAAUUGAGCGAGUCGACAAGGCUCUAAAACAGCGCGGCCUUGAUGGUCUCCAAAGUGGUGACGCAAAGGUCGAAGUCCUUCAAACGUCACUAGGAGAUGAUCACCUGGGCCUCUCCAGUGGAGAUUACGAAAGGAUUGCACAAGAGGUUUCGAUUGUUAUGCACGUGGCAUGGAGUGUCAAUUUCCGCAUGCGUUUACGCAGCUUUGCAAAGGACAACAUUGCGAGUGUGACAAAUCUUAUCAAUCUUGCAUUGAGGUCCGGCAGAUCUGAACCUGCAAGAUUUGCAUACUGCUCGAGCGUAGCAAGUGUCAUGGCGUACAGCAAAGGCACCUCGAUCCCUGAAAGAAUUAUCGACGAUCCAGAAGCAGCCAGCCCUCUGGGUUAUUCGCGCAGCAAGUGGGUCGCCGAACAGAUAUGCAGCAGGGCGAACGAGCACUCGCUGCUUCAGGGUCGCAUUGCCAUAUUCAGAGUUGGCCAACUUUCAGGGGACACCCAACACGGCAUCUGGAAUAGUAGCGAGGCCUGGCCGAUGAUGCUGAGCAGUGUCAAAAUAUCCCGCGCACUACCGAACCUCGAUAAGGAAACCUUGGACUGGCUGCCGGUGGACCUCGCUGCCACGGCCUUGAUGCAAGGAAUAGCAAGCGUGGACGGGAGCGGAGACGGGGCGCAUGUCCUGCAUGUGCUAAACGAGCAUCGUCGUCCUACAUGGCCCACAAUGUUGCAAUGGCUAAAGAAACGAUGCGCCUUUGACAUUGUGGACCCGCCCAAGUGGGUAGCGCGACUCGAGGAUAUGCAGGAAAGAGACGGCGCCGAUCACCCCGCAUAUAAACUUCUAGACCAUUGGAAGAGGGCUUAUGCCCCUGAGCACAAAUCCGAGGACACAGGUUCGGCACCGACUGUCUUGCCGUUCGACAUGUCGAGAACCAAACAAUCAGUUGCGGUUCUGAGAGACGUCAGUCCUGUCGAUGAGCAGUAUUUUGCCAAGAUCUGGGACUGGAUCGACACAACCAUG